UGCGAAUGAUUUGAUGAUUAUAGUCAGCUUGUUAAAACUUUUGCAAAACUGUCCGAAAAAUCGUAAGCCAUGAUGGGCAUCUUGCUACACAAGUCAAGCUAAAGGAUUUUUUUUUUAAAAAAUGAAGAGCCUUGGAUAAUCAUGGUCAUGGACAACUAAACCCGUUUGCUUCUGGCCGAUAAACAUUCAUGUACGAAUUCGAUUGGAUCAUGUACUCUGAGCUCUGUGAGCGUUCCUGGUUCAAGUCAAACAUUUUUUUUAAUAAACGCUGAGAUGCCGACCUGUUUGGUUUUGAUACUCUCCUACCAUGAGCAUAGAAAUGCGCGGUCUAAUCAUGUUUCUAGAGUGACGAUACCGUGCGCAGGGACUUUUUGUACCUGUGACUGCUGGGCAAUUUGCCCAAAUUUCCGCUGGCAUCUCACAGCCAAUUUUGCCGUGGGCCAGCAACGAUCACACACUCAUGAACAUCCUUCCGCAUAAAAGCUGGCACGUCUACAACAAGAGCAACGUUGAAAAAGUACGUCAAGAUGAAGCAAAGGCAAAGGAGGAAGAAGACAAGAAGCUCGAGCGCCAGCAGCUAGCAGACCGUGAAGCUCGGUUGAAAAUGUUAAGGGAUCGAGCAAAUCAGCGUGCAGGAAACGAUUCAGCUGAUACGGUUAGUUCAAAAGACGCUGUCAAGGAGAUAGAGGCAAAGCACAUUAACUUUUGGGAGGAGUUGGAAUCUGGCCAUGUCGAUUCAGCCGGGCCGAAUCCUGAAGUGGCGGCUGAAAAGCAAAUGGAACGAGAAAAGUGGGAGAAGCAGAUUACAAUGUAUCUUGCCAAGGAAGCUAAAGGGCCGGCUCCAUGGUACGCGGCAGCGAAGCGAAUUCCUGACGAGAAGCAAGAUGAUAAAGCGUUUGAUGAGGCAUACCGAAAGCUGAAGGACCCCAAAGAAAAACAGAAAGCGCUCAAAAGGAGGAAACGUGAAAUUCGAGAUAUAGAGCGAGAGGAUCCGCUGAAUGUCAUACGUACGAGUUUGAAAGGUCGGGACUCAAAUCCUAGUACAUUAAGCUCAAAUCGGGAUAAAUAUGCUGACAAGAAGCAUAGAAAGGAGAAAGAUAGCAGUAACCAUGUAAGAUGACGCAAAAAGAAGGGGAGAUGGCCGUCAAAUGUAUCAUGGC